CUUGUUUAAAUGCGAUGUUUAAUGUUUUGAUACAAAUUAAAGAUUUGAAAUACACUAAACAUCUCUGAUCAAAUAUAAUCACAAUAAUAAUAAUAAUAAUAAUAAUAAAAUGCAACUUCAAAAUGGAACUAAUUUUUUAAAUUCAGAUGAAAUGAAUAAGACUGAAUUAUGGAAACUUUUAUCAAAUUGUGGUAAACUUAUUGAAAUCCCAGAGAAUAAUACAUAUUACAUUAAUGGCACAGGACAUAUGCCUGGUUUGUUUAAACCACACUGGGUUGUAUUAUACAAUGUAGCCUUUGAUGUAUUCUUUGUUGGGUGUAUAUUACUCGCGGGAAUUACAGGGAAUAUAUUAAGCGGAUUUGUUCUGGCUCGUGAUCGAUCUCAUGGAACAACAAGUUUAAUAUUAACCAGUCUAGCUGUAUUCGAUACGCUGUUUUUAAUUCUAUGCUUCUUUUUUCAAUUUCUUAAAACAUUAUCCCUAUAUAUCCUUUGGUUAUCAUAUAUGAAUUUUUAUGCGCAUACAAGUAAAGUACUGUAUGCUUCUGGGAUGGCAGUAAGAAUGAUGCGUAAUUGGACAGUUGUACUUGUUUCAUUAGAACGUUGGGUAGCUGUAUGCAAACCAUUACAUGCACCGAGUAUAUGCACACGUAAGAAAGCGCAUAUUGCAAUCACAUUGAUCGUUGUCCUCUCAUUCCUAUAUAAUAUUCCACAUUUUUUUAUUGUUGAUGCAAUGCCAUAUUUGUGUUAUUUUAACACCACAGACAGUCCAAUUUCUAGUGGAUAUUUUAAUUAUACAAAUUUACCUAAAGGUAUUCUAGUCUAUGACAGUGCUAUACGUCAAUGGGUUGAAAAUAAUUAUCCCUUUCGACUGAUAUAUCGUUUAAUUAGUUAUACAAUAUUAAUAAUUAUCUUACCAAAUGUUAUCAUUGCUAUAUUCAAUGUAUUAUUAAUUCGUGGAAUUAAAUACGCCAAUCAGAGGAGAGCUCAAAUUGUCGCUCGUAUUGAUUGUGCUAAUCGACAAUUCGAGCAGUGUAAUUAUCAUUCCUUACACAGAGAUUAUCAUUCACAUCAACCUAUACAUCAAUCACAUCCCCAUCAUCCUCAUUCCCAUCAUCUUCACCAUCAUCAUCACCAUCACAAUGUGCCAAAGUAUAUCCAUUCAACGCCGAGUUCUUCAGAUAACCACGCUUAUUUUGUACGUAUUUCAAAAUCGAAUCGUUCACGUACAAUGGAGGUGAAUCGGUUAUGCGUUGGAGUGAUUAUCAUUUAUUUAGUGUGUGAGCUACCAGCUGUCGGCUAUCAAAUUAUCCACCUGAUGAAUCAUCGAAGUUUAAUUGAAAUCACACGACCUGUUACAAAUGCUCUAGUCUGUUUGAAUAGUGGAGUGAAUUUUUUUGUCUAUGUAUUUCUCGGCAGAAGAUUUCGUUCCCAAUUGAAAGAUAUAUUUCGUAAUCUAAUUAAUAAGUGUAAAAAGCAUAAUGAACAGAGAAAGCUGAAUGUGCAUACAACACAGUAUAUGAAUUCAUUACGGCAUGAUAUGGCGUCAGUGGAUAAAGAAAGUGAACAGCUGUUAAUGAAAGAUAAUAAUACCAAUAGUAAUAAUAAUAAUAGUAAUAGUAAAAAUAACAAUAGUACUAAAUUUUCAAGACAAAUUCCUCCGUCUGAUUUACAGCCUACAGUGAAUCGGCUUAGUUUAAGUGCAGCUUAUACUACUCAAACGUCAAUUAUGGAAUCAUAGGAAAAAAAACAUUGUUGUAUUUGUUUUGUUUAAUUUAUUUUGUUUUUUGCUGUAUAUAUAUAUAUCCCCGAAUAAUUUACAAAAGUCAUAUGCAACUGAUCGCUAUUCACUGAACAGAGUUUCAAAUGCUGCUAUUAUACUGUCACUGUAAAUAAUGAUACUACACUAAUGAAAAUGACAACUAAUGUCAGAUGAACAAGAAAUGAUAUUCCAUUCCUUUAUUGCAGUCGGUGUAUAAACUGAGAAGGAAUGUUGAACGCCCUCCUCUCACCCCUAUGAACCUCAUCAGAGAAUAAAAAAAAACAUAAGAAAAUCAGAAAUAAUUUAUGAUCUUAUGCACAUAUGUCAAUAAUGGAAGUAAAAAGAAUAUCGACUUGGAUGACAGAAAUAAUGAUUCGAUUGUGAUGUUGAAGAAAAUUGGGUAAAUGGAGAUUUGCAGAUUUCCCACGGAGACUCGAAUCCAGUGUCUAUCGUUUCAAACACCAAAACAAGUUUAUCCAUUAGACCAUUUGAGUUACAGGAGAUACCAUCAAUCAAUUGGGAGGUCGGAAUUGAAUUAAAAACAAAUAAUUCAGUUAUUACAUUCAACAGUAAAACUUAUUUUUCGUCAAAAUCUACGGUUUCAGGGUUGAUGGUGUAUCGUUGACUCAACUAACUGACAUUGUUGUUGAUAGGCAUUUCAUUUGCAGCAAGCAACUGUCUGAAAUGUCUGGUAGGGUAAUUUCUGUGAAAUAAAAAUGUCAUAUUGUCUGAUAAUCAACAUCCUCUCUGUUAUUAGUUGCCAGUUCCUCCCUGUACCUCUUCGGUGGAUUACCAAAGUCUGGUCACUAAACAAAGAUUCAGGACAUCACUAAACAGAACUUACUAUGAUACUUUUUUUCAUUGAUAAAACAAGAUCAAUGUUGUCUUGUAAACCCUCAAUGCCUCCGAACGAUAGUGUCACAUCCUCCUGUGUUUACCAAUUUAGAUAUAUAUGUUUGACCACACGUACAUAGGGAGGACCGAUCAGUCUCUGCGGGUUGGGGUUAUAGAACAAAUCCAAAAAUGAUUGCAGGAACAUUUUGAAUCACCGGAUACAUUCGAUCCCGGAAAACGAUGUCAAACAUCAUCUGUAAGAAAGUAAACAAGGUCGACUUCAAUAAUGCCUUCAAACCCAUAUAUAAAACAAGUUUGGGUCAUGUACUUGAAUUCCUUGAAGGUCUGG